GUUGUAUGCAAAUAUUCGGAUCGCGAUCCGUAAUCGCGAUCCGAUUUAGGAGGGUAUAUGUAAAUAAUAGGGGCUUAUAUAUAAAAUAUUGGAUCAAAAUUAGGGGGUGUUACGAGGCCGGCACAUGGCAGCCGGCGCUGCGGCCCCGCCGGCGGCGGCCUUUGCUUUAGCCCCGGCAUGCCGUCGGCCUUCCCUAGAGUUAUUUGCAUCCCAAGAGAGCCUCCGUCCACUCACGACUACCUGCUGCGGCAGAGUUCCUCUCGCCGGCGCCGCCGUCAAGGAGCUCGGUGCCCAGACUGCGGCACCGCGAGACGGCGCAGCAAUGGUUAAGCGGAGAGCGGGCCAGUCGCUGCUUUGUGGUGUCUACCACUGCAACCACGGCCACCGGCAGGCCGUAGGCUUCCGCAGUUUGGUCGGAGACGACGACGAAGACGUGGUUCCUCGCCGCACGGGCCGUGCACCGGUUGGUGGCGUCUGCGUCUGCACGCCAAGUGCUCGACAGUUUGCCUUCACGCCGGCGUCUGCACGGUUACUAAGGAAGUGUGACCAUUUGAGUUGCUGCGGCUUGCGUGUCCAUUCGAUUGCAGAUAUGGUUGCUGAAUUUAAUACAAUGAUGCCAUUACAGAACUCCAGUAAGCAGUCAAAAACAGAGCCGGACCUGAUGAGGAAUGGAGUUGAAUUGCAGCGAGCACUAAAGGGAUGCUACCAUUGAAUGAGUUACUGUCCAACCGAAGGUCUAUCAAGCUCUGACAAUUGCUGAGUCCAUCAGGUAUAGUGGCCCAGAUAAAUUGUUCUUGGAGAUGUUCAAGUACGCAAGCUUCAUCAGGCUGCUGACUUCAGGU